CAAUUCAGUGUUUUUAAUGUAUUCGGAGUUGUCCUACCAUCACUAUAGCCAAUUUUAGACAUUUUUAUUUCUCCAUUCUCUCCUCACCUCUCUAGGCCUACGCAACAAAUAAUCUACUUUCUGUCCCUAUAGAUUUGCUUUGCCUGGAUAAUUCACAUAAUCAUUCAUCAACAAGUGGUCUUUUGUGUUCAGUUUAUUUCAUUUGGUAUAAUGUCUUCAAGGUUCAUCCAUGUUGUAGCAUGGAUCAGAACUUCAUUCCAUGUUAUGGAUGAAUAAUAUUUCAUGGUAUAGAUUAUCAACUUUGGUUUAUACAUUCAUAAAUUAAUGGACAUUUGGGUUGUUUAUACCUUUUUAAAAAAUAUUUUAUUUAUUUAUUCAUUAGAGACAGAGAGAGAGAGGCAGAGACACAAGCAGAGAGAGAAGCAGGCUCCUCUCAGGGGGCCCGAUGUGGGACUCAAUCCCGGCACCUCGGGAUCACACCCUGAGCCAAAAGCUGACUCUCAACCUCCUGAGCCACCCAGGUGUCCCAGGUUUAUACCUUUAUGGAAAUUAUGAAUAAGCUGUUACAAACAUCCAAAUAUUUAUUUUUAAAAUUAUUUUUGUGUGAAAUAAAGUGUAAUUUUAAUUUAAAUUAUGACAAAAAAGUGGUUUUUUUUUGUUUUUUGUUUUUUUGUUUUUUACCAGUUCUUAGCUCUGAACUAGGUAUCUCUCUGAUAUUAUGCAGGCAACCCAGUGAGCAUUUUCCUGGACAAAUAGACUUAAAUGAAGGUACACAAAAUGUGAAUAAUAUAUCCUACUGUAUUAUUCUUAUUAGUUAUAAAAUGGCAAUAAUGCCAGGAAAUUGAUAGCACUCUAGAACUUCCUCAAACUGAACGUGUGGAAACCCAAUUAAGCAAAUAAGUCUGUGACAGAGCUUAUUGGGAAGUAUCUAUUGAAGCCUUCCAACUAUAAAAUCAAGGAGUAGGAGCUAUUGCUUUGGUAUAGAUAACAGAAAAGGGAUGGUGUCAGUUCUCAUAUUAUCAUUACAAUGUUACCCUGCAUUUGGUAAUAGAGGAUGUUUCUGUUGUGAAUAUAGUGACAUCAAGAAUGUCACCUUAGGGGCACCUACAUGGCCCCUAAGGGGCCUACCCUUGAGCAUCUGCCUUUGGCUAGGGUCAAGAUCUGGGAGUUCUGGGAUCAAGCCCCGCUUAGGGCUCCCUGCUUAGGGGGUAUCUGCUUCUCCCUCUUUUUGCGCUCCUCCCAACUGCCUGCUCGAGCUCAUUCUCUCUUCAUCAAAUAAAUAAACAAAAUCUUAAAAAAAAAAAAAAGUCAGUGUAAAACAGUACUGGGUAAUAUUUUACCCAGUUUUACAAGAAUAUUGUAUUGAAAACUGACAAAAUUUUCAAUCAAGAAAUGUUUACAGAAAAAUAAAUAUGACAUUCUGAGAAAGUUGGGUGAAAUACAUGUUGGAUAUUCAACUUAAAGAGCAGCAUAUUCAUUGCAUUUAGUUCUAGGUGGAAGGGUCAUGAAUGAAUGAAUCUCUACUAGAUGACGCUCCGUGUCGUCUACAACCGUGUGACAUCAGUUUUUACGAGAAGUUGACCGGUUCAUCGAAAACCUCAGGCUCGUCACCACCGCGUCGCACUUUCCACGGCACCAUCGCACGUGUAUUUUUUAAGAGGCAGCGGCGCGAGAUAACCCGGCGAGUGACCGACCAGUCUAAGUCUACCUCGUCCCCCAUUUGUCCCCCGCCAGCGGCUGCAGUCCCGCCAGCCACCGCCAGGGUGAGACGGAAGAGGCCUCCCUGCCCUCUUGGCUGGGAUCUUGGAGAUCGUACAGCACCAUGACGUGCGCCGAAGACGACCUUUUGGCCCGUCUGGGGAAACUUCGGGAGAAAGUAAAGAAGAAACCAUAACCUUUGUUCUUUGGCAUGGAUAAAUGUUCAUUGAGAGGAUUAGACUUGACUGAGCAGACUCCUGUUUUAUUAGAGCAUAAAGCCAUGGCAGCUAGUCUCACAGAUAUAGGAAAUUCAUUUGGUGACCCAAGUAGUCUUGUAGUUAACAGAUCUAGAAACUCAUUGAUGAAAGAAGAUGAUGAUGAUGAUGUUGUAUUUAUUGAAUCUAUACAACCUCCUUCAACUUCUACUCCAGCAAUAGCUGAUCAAAGAAAUUUUAUAUUUGCUUCAUCAAGAAAUGAAAGGCUACAAGGAAAUUAUUCCAUAAUUCUUCCUUCCUCAAGAGAUUUGGCUUCUCCAAAGGGAAAUGUAAGUGAGACAAUUGUUAUCGAUGAUGAAGAGGACAUAGAAACAAAUGGAGGGGAAAAGAAAAAUUCUUCCAAUUUAAUUGAAUGGGGACUUCCUGGAACUAAAAAUAGAACCAAAGAUUUGGAUUUCUCCACUUCCAGUCUUUCAAGAAGUAAGACCAAGACUGGAGUAGGACCUUUUAAUCCUGGUAGAAUGAAUAUGGCAGGAGAUGAAUUUCAGAAUGGAGGAUACGCAACUCAUCAUAGUCCUGAUUCUUGGAUCUCCCAGUCAGCAUCAUUUCCCCGUAAUCAGAAACAGCCAGGUGUAGAUUUUUUAUCACCAGUGGCCUCCCUUCCUAAACAGAUUUUCCAGUCUUCAGUCCAACAGCAACUUACAAAACCAGCUAAAAUUACUUGUGCACAUUGCAAAAAGCCUUUACAGAAAGGACAGACAGCUUAUCAACGAAAAGGAUCAGUUCACCUCUUUUGUUCUACCACCUGCCUUUCUUCCUUCUCUCAUAAGCGCACUUCAAAGAAACGCAACAUAAUAAGUAAAAAAGAUGUACCUACAAAAAAGGCUUCUGCUGUUCAAGUUGAGUCAAGAGAAUCCUCCCAAGAAUUUUGUAGUAGUACGUCUUUGUCUCCCUAUGAAGACAACCAGAAUCUUAGAAAAAAAGUUAAUAAAUCAAGAUGCAUGAUCUGUAGUAAACUAACAGAGAUUCGCCAUGAAGUCAGCGUUAAUAAUGUAAUACAUAAACUGUGCAGUAACCAGUGCUUCAAUAAGUACAGGCUGGCCAAUGGUUUAAUAAUGAAUUGCUGUGAACAAUGUGGAGAGUACUUGCCCAGUAAAAGUGCUGGAAACAAUGUCCUGAUCGUUGAAGGUCAGCAGACAAGAUUUUGCUGCCAAGGUUGUGUUAAUGAAUAUAAACAGAUGAUGGAAACAAAAUCAAAAAAUUUGUCAGCAUCAGAAAACAGAAAAAGGAAUGCUGUUAGAGAAGAAAAUGAAAGAAAAUUAUAUGGACCAUUGAAUACUCUUUUAGAAAAAAAAGGGGGACUACCAGAACAAAAAGAAAAGACUUCAGAGCUACAGGUUUUGGCAGAAUGUACAGAUACCUUACUGAUCAAACAGGAUGUAACUUUACCUUCUUCUGUGUUAACCAAAGCUGAUAAAUUUCAAGAGCAACUGGAAGAGAAAAAAUCAGAAGACUCCAUUAUAUCAGUUGUACUUUCUACAGACCCAGGUAAAUGGCCCCGAAUUUUGAAUACUAAACAACGAGACAUUCUUGUUGAAAAUGAUCCACCUCAAGUAAGAAAUUUUAACUUUCCAAAAGACAAUACAGGGAGGAAGUUUUCAGAAACUUACUACACACGAAUUCUUCCAAAUGGUGAUAAAACCACUAGAUCUUGGUUACUUUAUUCGACUUCAAAAGAUUCUGUGUUUUGUUUGUAUUGCAAACUCUUUGGGGAAGGAAAAAAUCAACUGAAGAAUGAGAAUGGGUGCAAAGAUUGGCAGCAUUUAUCACAUAUUCUUAGUAAACAUGAGGAAAGUGAAAUGCAUAUCAAUAAUAGUGUUAAGUAUUCAAAAUUAAAAUCUGAUUUGAGAAAAAAUAAAACUAUGGAAGCUGCAGAACAUGGAUUACAUGAGAAUGAGAAAAAUGAUGGUGUGCUGCUAUUGUACAUGUAAUAUACAUGUGGUUCUAGACAUAACAGGAUCUUAUAUUUAUUAAAAAAAGAUCACAACCAGGGCCGAAGGCAGACACUCAUCUGCUGAGCCACUGAGGCGUCCCAAUAAAGGCAAUUAUUAUUUUUUCCACACCUUUUAAAAUUGGCUUUUGAGAGCUAACAGUUGACAUGUUUGGUUAACUUUCUCUUCUGAUUACUUUGAAAGAGGGAGCGAAAGUCUUUAUCAGUACUAGUUUGAAUAAGAUACUAUGUGAAUAUUCAUGUCAUUAUUAAAGUAAAAACAUUCAGAAACAGUUUGAGAGUAGAAUGGAAUCUGAAACUGCAGCUUUUUGCUAUUAAACCAAAUACCUGUGAUUUAUUUCUUUUAGAUAAAACAUUGUUUUAUUAUUUGAGUGAAAUAGCAUUAUUUUUUAUAUUAAAGUGAUUUGCAUUUUAUUGAUCUUAAUUUAUAAAUGUUUUAGCUCUUGUGUGAGAACUAUAAAAAUAAAGAGUGUAUACCUAUUUUUAUGUUAAUACAAAUAUAAGAAAUAUUAAAAAUAUAUUAAGUCAACCUUUAGGUAUUGUGGCAAUUUCUUUUUCCUGUAAAGGAGACUGCGUGCUUGAAAUUUGAGAAAUAAAAGA